GCGUGGAGCACGGGCCUGGGAAGCCGCGGCCGCCGGGGAAGAGCCAGAGCCGGGAGCCAGCAUGAGGAGAAUGGAGAAUUGGUCAUAGAUCCUGAGGGAAAGCGGCGGCUCCUGACCAGCGGCUGGAUGAUGGCCUCUUUGUCCUCCUUGGCUUCGGGCCCUGGCCUCGAUGGGCUGACCCUGGAGCCAGCCCACCUGCGUCCAGAGCUCCUAAAUGCCUGUGCUGACCUCAUCAACCAGGAGUGGCCUCGGAGUCGAGCCUCACGCCUGCACUCCCUGGGCCAGUCUUCAGACUCCUUUCCCCUGUGCCUGGCCCUGCUGGGGCCACCCCCAACCCCAGGGGCCUUGCCCACAGUCCUGGGCCAUUCCCGCCUUUCCCGAGUCGCUGCCCACGAUCACAGCCUGUUGGUGGAAACCGUGGUCGUGGCUCGGGCCCUUCGGGGUCAGGGGUUUGGCCGACGCCUCAUGGAGGCCACUGAGGCCUUUGCCAAGGCCCGGGGCUUUCGUCGGCUGCACCUGACCACCCACGACAAGCAGCAUUUCUAUGCCCACCUGGGCUAUAAGCUCGGGGAGCCAGUUCAGGGUGUCGCCUUCAGUAGCCCUCUGUCUGCUGCUAUCCUCCAGGCCUUCUCCCAGUCUGCCAGCCCUUCAGAGCCUAAAGCCCCCCCCCCCCGCCGGAAGACUUCAGGGACCCCCCCUCCUUCUGCCCCCCCCCCUAGGCCCAAUAUGCCCCCUGCACCACCACCCCCUCCUCCUUUACCUGCCCCCCUUCUCAGCCCUCCAGCUCUUUCCCCCACAGGCCCCCCAUGGCAGAGCCUGGAGGAGACACCAUACAGGGACAUCCGGGGCCGCCCCAUAUUUUGGAUGACAAAGGAGAUCUGAUGGGGUUGGCCUCAUGGCCUUUCAGCUGAGGAUAGAAAGAAGGAAAGCAUGCAGGGAAGGAUCACAAAGAAUGGUCAGAAGAGAUGCCUGAGAAGAUGGGGCGACCACCCAGCCCCAUCCCAUUUUUCUUUUUGGGGGAGGGGAGAGGUGUUGGGGGGCACCAAUCUCAGUGCCAAAAAGACACUCAGUAUAGGAGCUGGAGAAUGAGAGGCCACGGAGAAUAUACUGGCUAUGCUAGCCGUGUCUGUAGCACUUUAAAGUUUACAAAACACUUCUCUCACAAUGCCCCUGUGAGGGAAGAAGGGUUGCACAUAGGUAUUAUUGUCCCCAUUUUCUAAAGGAGGAAACUGAGUCCUGGAGUGGCAGAUCAGACUUGCAAAGUGGCAAAGCUGGUGUUUGAUCCCAGGCUUUUCUUCCAAAUCCAGCACACUGCGAUACCUCAGACAUUGUGCCAGUUGCCUCGAAGAUCCUAAGCUCAGUGACUGUGUCAGGGUCUGUGUCAGAUCUGAACAAUGGGUAAAGGUCUCUGCACUCAGUGGGUGCUUAAUAGGUGUUGGUUGGAUUUGUUAAAUUGUUAAGCAGCAUGGCUCUGUGUGAGCAGCACUAAAUAAAGCAGCCCCAUCCCGGGGACCAUAUGGC